GGCACGCGCACUCACUCAGUUCACCCGCACUAUCGUCAGACACACAAAACGGGGGAGGUUGCCACAUCUCGGCUGCUAAAACGUCCUCCUUUCAUCUGACACACAUCUGCUUUCAUUUCCCCUUAAGUUAAACAUCGCUUCGUCGUCUGAAUGGCCAUGCGAGUCUUCGCGCCUGUUCUUUAUUUAUCCUCGCGUACCGUUCGUUUCUGUUUCCGCUGGUCAUGAAGCUAAACGGCAGCUAGCUUAGCAGCAUCGCUACUCCCCGAAGCUGGAGAGAAAGUGGCCUGACAAUUUAAUCCAUGAAGAAACCUUUCAGGACCAGCUCUUAGAUGUCUCUAAACCGUUAUAAACCAGCCAAGACGACACACCAAGGGUACUUUCGGGCGAAAGACAAGCACGGCUGCUGAGCUACACGAGUGGAAAAAGCAGGAGGGCAGCUGAAGUGAAAGAAAACACAGACAUACCUGUGAUGGCAAACGAGCCGGUUAUUUUGAACGUCUAUGAUAUGUACUGGAUCAAUGAGUUCACUACUUCUCUGGGAAUUGGAGUCUUUCACUCAGGAAUUGAGAUCUAUGGCAGAGAGUUUGCCUACGGAGGACACCCUUACCCUUUUUCAGGUAUAUUUGAGAUAACACCCGGUGAUGCAACAGAACUCGGAGAGACAUUCAAGUUCAAAGAGGCCAUCGUUUUAGGCAGCACAGACUUCACAGAAGAGGAUGUGGAGAGAAUAGUGGAGGAAAUGGGGAAGGAAUAUAAGGGUAACGCCUACCACCUUAUGCACAAGAACUGCAAUCACUUUUCCUCAGCACUAUCAGAGAUCCUCUGUGGUCGGGAGAUCCCGCGCUGGGUGAACAGGCUGGCCUACUUCAGCUCUUGUGUGCCCUUCCUGCAGAGCUGUCUGCCAAAAGAGUGGUUGACUCCAGCGGCCCUACAGUCCAGUGUUAGUCAAGAGCUCCAGGGCGAGCUGGAAGAGGCGGAGGAUGCAGCAGCCUCAGCCUCGACGCCUUCCUGUGCCGUGGCACCCGUUCCCAGGCCUACCCGACAUCAACCACGUCGAUGAACCCUGAUGCCUUGAUUGACAGGCCAUCUCUAUUAGAGCUGGACCACAGCAUGUGCUGCCAAUAGACCCCAAACCCCCUUACCUGAAAGACUAGCAGUUCACCAGCGGAAUAGAUGAGACCCACCGUUUGUGUUAACACAGAUUUAUGCUCCAGUGACCACCAUGAGCCUAUCAAACUUGUUUACUGUAAAACCUGACAUGUGUUUGUCUUGAUUUUGCCUUUUUAUGUUUUGUUUUAAAAACUCAGGACUUGGAUACAUUACAGUUUUUUAUUAUUUUUUUCAUUCUUUUUCUCACGCUGGAGAUGCCCGCUAGCCUUCCCCCCCUUAUUCCUACAGAAAGCGCCUAGUCGAUGUUUUUAUUGACAUUUGUUUACAGAUUUCUUGUGUUCUAAUCCUUGUGUGUGAAUGUGUUGUGUGUGUGAUGAUUACAAAAGCCAAAUCUUCAUACUUUUGUAAUGACACACAUCUUACACUUUGGUGACUGUGCCUGAAGAUUUUUACCGUUUUGUGCUCGGCGAGCUCUGCACUCUUUCUCUACAGUUUUCUACCUGUGUGGUCUGCUUCCGAGCAGCAGACACCUUAUCCUACGAAACCUUCCUCGGAUGUUUUACACCUUUUUAGUUUUUAGAGGUCUUCUAUGUAUUUCAAACAACAUUUGUAUUCCAUUUUAUGAUUAUUAAAGAAGAUAUACAACUUUC